UGAACCGGAUGUAAACGUGCUAAACCGGAGAUGGUAAACAACGACUACGAUUCAGCGGUUGCUAAUGCUAAUUGGCAGUGCCAAGCUAUAAAUAUAAAUUUGAACGCGUUCGCGUGCUGGAAACUGCUGUAAAACGUUUAUAUGAAGGAAUUCGCUUCCCCACGUAUACGAAAAAAUAGUUUUAGCCCCUCAGAGACUGCAAGAAAUACAUUUGGCGUGAGCUCACUCCGUUAAAUCAACAUAAUCAGUGGUUAGCUGUGGUAGCUUUGUUUGCGUUUUAAUGCAUAAAAUGAGUCUCGCGGUUCACCGCGAGCCCCGAAAGACUGCGGGGAAUCGCAUGUCCAAGUUGUUGGACGCCGAGGAGGAGGACGAGUUCUACAAGACCACUUACGGAGGAUUCAACGAUGAAUCGGGAGACGACGAGUACAACGAAGAUCAUUCAGACACGGAGGACGAGGUGGACAGCGAUUUUGACAUAGACGAGGGAGAUGAGCCAGACAGCGCCCAGGAAGACGACGCACCUCGCAGGAAGAGUCGAGUCGUUACUAAAGCAUAUAAGGAGCCUGUGAAGGUAGCCAAGCCCAAGCCCAAACCCAAACGACCAUCGGAGGAAACCAAGAAGACCGAGAAGAAACCCAAAGCCGAGCUCAAGCGGCGGAUUCCACAAGAAUUUCAAGACUACGGUGCUCGCAAAUCCGUGCGACAGUCCACCAGCGAGCACACCCGCAAGACCAACCUGCGGCUGCAGGAGCGGCAGGACGCCCCUCGGCGCCGCAGGGGGGCCCACCGUGACCGGCCCCUCACCCAAGAGGAGCUGCUGGCUGAGGCCAAGAUCACUGCCGAACUCAACAUUCGAUCGCUGGAAAACUAUGAGCGGCUGGAAGCUGAUAAAAAGAAGCAAGUCCACAAGAGGCGCCGAUUCGAGGGCCCCACCAUCCGUUACCACUCGGUUCUGAUGCCCCUCGUCUCGCCGUCGCAUCUCAAAGAGGAGAACGUAGACGUCGAAGGGUUGGAUCAGGAUGUUCCCGUGACGGCGCUCCCGAAUCCCGCCAUGCCCUCACAGCAGCCUGUCGGUGGCCUCUGCUCGCGCACCUUUGUGACGUUCAGCGACGACGAGGCGUUUAACUGCGCGUUCCCGCGCGGCACUCAGGAGACUCCCCAGAUCCCAGUGCAGGAAAUCUGCCCCGUCACUCACAAGACGGCGCUGUACCGGGACCCGGUCACGGACAUCCCGUACGCCAACGCGCGGGCCUUCCGCAUUAUCCGCGAGGCCUACCGUAAGUACGUGGCCGCUCACGGGUUUCCCAACGCGUCGGGAGGGAUGACGGGACGGGAUGCGGCGUCGAGAGGCACGCGCCACAGGAUGGCGGUCAAGCAAAGUACACUUGCCACGUAAAUGGGAAUUUUUUUUUUUUUUUCUCUCUUUCUGAGAACACAUCAUCCAUAAAGACUGCACACUGGCCUUUUCACCACGCAGAGGAUGAAUUCCAUAGAUUAAUUUGUGGAACUACAAAUCCAAAUUGAGUGGAUUGAGUAAUGCCCUUGGACCAUUUCCCAUUUCCUUUCUCUCUUUUUUUUGUUUUCCUUCACUUUACUAUCCUUUUGUACUGUGAAAAGAUUACCUUUCUAUAACAAAUAAAACUGUAAUUUAUGUUUUG